ACACAGCACACAGUUAGAUUUCAAGUCUUAAUUGAUGGCUUUGUAAGAACUUAACAUUAUCAGCAUCUUGCAGAAACUUGGUGGGUUCCAAACAUGCUUUUGGAUUGGACCUAAGGUAGUUUGGUCAUCAACUGUAAAGCAAAUUGAAUGCAGUAUCCUGUUCAAGCCCCAUGAUUUUCAUCUUUCUAUGUUCUUAUUUCACCACCACAUGAACACUAAUUUAACAACUUGGAAGAUAAUAAAAAGAGGAGAUUUUCCCUUAACAAAUACUAAUUAUCUAGUUGUGGGCUAGCUUGGCAGUUUAACCUACAAAAAGCAAAACCACUCAACCCAACUGUUUCUGGCCUUGAAGGUGGAAUCUUUGAAUGUAGGAGACGAACUCUUGUUGCUAACACCAUCAACACACACAGACAAGUUCAAAACCACGUGGUUUCAAGAAAAGUGGCUUCGGUUGCCUACAUAGAAACCUUUGUGCACCUGGCUAUUUCAGGUCCCCACAGCUCAAUUAUUGUCAGCUGGUUGCGUAUGGCCCAAGAGAGUUCCUUUUUGCCCAUUCCAACUAUUUAUCCCCCCAACCUCACCAGCUACACAAGUCACAUUACCUCGACCUCUUAGCGCUAGGAUCUCUAAUAUUACAAUUACAAACAAACACACACAGUAAAGGAUCAUGGCUCUUUUUGAUCUGCUCUUGGUGGGGUUACUUUCUCUAGUAACAUCUGUCUUUGGGAAUGGCGAGAGAUGGAGUAAUGCUCAUGCCACUUUUUAUGGUGGGGGUGAUGCCUCUGGUACAAUGGGUGGGGCUUGUGGUUAUGGGAACUUAUACAGCCAGGGAUAUGGAACAAACACAGCGGCUCUCAGCACUGCACUUUUCAACAAUGGGUUGAGCUGUGGAGCUUGUUUCGAGAUUAGAUGCGCCAGUGAUCCCAAAUGGUGCCUCCCUGGCUCAAUUGUGGUUACUGCCACUAACUUCUGCCCGCCAAACAAUGCCCUCCCUAACAAUGCUGGUGGCUGGUGCAACCCUCCCCAGCAACAUUUCGACCUCUCUCAGCCUGUUUUUCUACGAAUUGCUCAGUACAGAGCAGGAAUAGUACCCGUUGCCUAUAGAAGGGUACCAUGCAGAAAGAAAGGAGGCAUCCGAUUCACAAUCAACGGCCGUUCUUACUUCAAUUUAGUCCUCAUCACAAAUGUUGGAGGUGCUGGUGACGUUCAUGCUGUCUCUAUAAAAGGGUCAAAAACUGGUUGGCAACCCAUGUCAAGAAACUGGGGCCAAAACUGGCAAAGCAACGCUUAUCUCAAUGGACAAAGCCUCUCCUUUAAGGUUACAACUAGUGAUGGGCGCAGUUUAGUAUCUUACAAUGUCGCCCCGGCAAGCUGGUCCUUUGGCCAAACUUUCAGUGGCCAGCAAUUCCCAACCUGAAGUUAGAGAAAAUAAUCCAAUUACCAAGUAUGAAUAAUUACAAGUGUGAAGUGCUUUUCUCUUUGUUUUGUUUUGUUUUGGGGGUGUGAAAAUGGUGAAGGGCUUAUAUUGAGAUGGCUCUUUGUGGUUCAUAUUUGAUUAUGGAGGGUUUCUGAUCUGCCGUCUUUUGAAAAGGCAGAACGGAAAUGGCGGUAGUGGGCAUUUACCACCUCCUCUUUUUGGUGAAUUUUAUAAAAAUACAUCGGCCAGUGUAUCAUCAAUAAUUAAUAAAAUUUGUAGUAGCUUCUCUCUAUUGUUACUAA